UAAGUUCUUGGUUCGGGUUCAUCAAUGGACGGUUUGUUUUCUUUAGCUACUAUGGUGUUGAUGGUGACCGCGUUUGUUAGUGUCCCUCUAGGAGCCGAGGCUCGGGCUUUCUUUGUCUUUGGCGACUCGUUGGUCGACAACGGCAACAAUGACUACCUGGUGACCACUGCCAGAGCCGACUCGCCUCCCUAUGGCAUCGACUUCCCCACUCAUCGUCCCACUGGUCGAUUCUCGAACGGCUACAACAUCCCGGAUCUUAUCAGUGAACACAUGGGAAUGGAAUCCCCAUUGCCAUACCUGAAUCCUUUGCUAAAGGGAGAAACACUUCUUUCUGGUGCCAACUUUGCAUCCGCUGGAAUUGGAAUCCUCAAUGACACCGGAAUUCAAUUUUUAAAUAUAAUCCGAAUUUGGAAACAAAUAGAGUAUUUUGAACAAUACCAAAUCCGACUAGCCAGUAUCAUCGGACGUGACCGAGCUCGUCAAAUAGUCAGUAAUGCGAUCUCACUCAUAUCCCUAGGUGGAAACGACUUCGUUAACAACUAUUACUUGCUUCCUUUCUCUGCUCGAUCUCGCCAGUAUGCUUUACCGGAUUACGUUCGAUAUCUAGUUUCCGAAUAUAGGAACAUUCUUUCGACAAUGUACGAUGUCGGAGUGCGGAGGAUGUUGGUGAUGGGCACGGGGCCUAUGGGAUGCGUGCCAUCGGAGUUGGCUCAACGGAGUCGAGCUGGGGAAUGCUCUGCGGAGUUGCAAAGGGCAUCUGAUUUGUACAAUCCUCAACUUAAUACUAUGUUGAAUCAACUAAAUGAAGAAAAAGGCAGCCAAGUUUUCGUGGCUGCUAAUUCGAUGAAAAUGCAUAUGGAUUACAUAUCAAAUCCUCAGGCUUACGGUUUCAUUACAUCGAAAGUGGCAUGUUGUGGACAAGGACCAUACAAUGGAAUAGGCUUAUGCACCCCAAUGUCAAACUUAUGCUCAAAUAGAGAUAUUUAUGCAUUUUGGGAUGCUUUCCACCCUUCAGAACGGGCCAAUAGAAUCAUUGUGAAGCAAAUUAUUGGCGGCACUUCCAACUACAUGAACCCGAUGAAUCUCAGCACCAUCUUGGCCAUCAGUUCUGAGCCUUGAUUGAACUGCUAGUUUUCUCUCAUGUAUUAUAGCUUCGUUUAUUGAAGGUCAUUCUUAGGUUGGAUUUUCCAUAUUGUGUUUGAAGUAAGAGUCAUAUGCGUUUGAUGUUUAAAUAAAACUUGUUUUCAGGAAUUGUUUAAGGUUUGCUGGUUGAGCGAAUAAAGGAUUAAUGGAAUGUUAACAA